GGAUAAGUUGUCGCUAAACGCCGAACGUGAGGCACGUUUUAUUAAGUUAGAAAACUAAACCAAAUAACUCUCAUGAUAAAUAGUUAAAAUUCGUUUAAAAUGUUGUAUAAAAGUGUAGUGUGUUUUUUUGUUUUUGCCAAUGUUCUUGCCAAUGAACCAAUAUUAGAGAUCCCUAACCUAGACCACAUAUUUAACAAUCUGUCAAAGAAUGAGUGGGACGCUGAUGAGGUGCCCUGCCGUGACAAAAUAUUUAACAUUCUGGAAAAUGUUAAGAACUCUACGUUAUGGGCCACAUGGGUAUGGAACUCCAUCGACCAGUCGCCCACGGGCAUCUUCUUCGGCGCCCGCUACCACUUGGGGAGCUACGACCAGUGCCUGCGCCCGCCCUGGCUCGCGAAACACCCGGAAUUACGCACUCAAUACUGUUUAGCGGAAAUAGAGAUGAAUAAAGAUGGCGUCAAGACAAUGGAAGAAGUUUCCGAUCCUUAUGUUAGAGCAGAGGACUAUUACCUCGAUACUAAAACACACUUCGGUCGUAGUUUCUCAUACAUAGCACACGGGGUCUGCCUUCCCGCGGGCUGUCCGAGCAAGUCCGCGGAGAAGUUUGUGCAGGCGCUAAUGAGCACGGGGUACUUGCGCGCGGCCCGGGGCGCGGCCGUCUCUGUACACCACUGUGAGGAAGCAGCGGCCCCGAGGGAAUAUUCUACGGGAUAUUACGUGUUUGUGUACACUUUCGCAACACUGUUGUUCAUAGCUGUAACUUCAACGUACUAUGUUAGCGAGUACACAGUCACCGCUAGUUCUAACUCAUUUGUUAAUCACGUUGCAAAAUCGUUCUGUCUCCGCCGCAACUGGAAUACAGUGUUCAAAUCAGACAAGGAUGAACUACCAUGCUUGCACGGUAUCCGCCUCCUGACGGCGAUCAUUAUCGCAUUCUCCCACUGCAUAAUAAUGUCUCACGGGUCUUCUGUUAGCAAUGGCAUAGACCUUGACAGGAUGGGUACGGAUAAACCAGCAGUGGCGGUUGUAACGACUCAUUUUGAUGUAUUCGUGGACACAUUCUUCUCAUUGUCUGGACUUUUAGUGGGAAAAAGCCUUGCUACGUUGGAUAUAACCAGACCAUACAGUUUAAUGAAGAAUAUUAUGAAACGAUAUAUAAGACUUGUCGUCCUUUUAGCCGUGACCGUGUUCUACUUGGCCCAUAUCUCAAAACAUACUGAUGACGGCCCUGUCUACCCCAAGAUAGCCUUCUACGAGCAACAGAUGUGCGAGAAGAACUGGUUGCCGGCAUUACUAAUGGUCGGGAAUUAUUACAACGCAUUAGAAAUGUGCCACCCAGCCACUUGGUACAUCCCCUGCGACUUCCAUAUGUACGUAAUGUCACUGGUCCUGCUGUACGUGUACCGCAAAAACUCACGGAUCGGCACAGCAGCUGCCGCCAUAGUGCUGGUGAUCAGUUUCAUAAUGCCCGUGAUCACAAUAUAUGUCUAUGACUUACCAGCAAUUAUAGCUUAUAAUACUGGGUUGGAGAUCAACAUUAGACCUAACUCCACCUUUAGGAACUUCUACAUCAAAACACACAACAGGAUGGGCCCUUACGCAAUUGGUCUGGCUGCCGGCUAUCUCAUGUCUAUCUACAAGCCCAAAGAUUACAGGAGAGUCUGGUCUAAAACAGUGUCGUUCCUAGGUACUUUCGUCUCCUUGAACCUAAUGCUCGUCGUACUGGCGGCGGGUCAUCUGUGCUUCGUAUACGGAGUCCACGGAUGGCUGGCCUGCAUCUUCGCGGCUUUCGAAAGAAAUCUCUUUGCCGUAGCUGUUUUAGGUGUCGUCAUCUUUUGCACUUACGGCCAAGUUCCCCUCAUCAACCCAUUCCUCAGCUGGUCCGUGUUCGCGCCGCUCAGCAGGCUCUCGUACGGCUUAUAUGUCAUACACAUUGUGUUUUUGUAUCAAUUCUCUUCCAUGAGAGAUCAUAACACACAUCACCUAUUUCAAGGUCUGAUAUUCUCUCUUGGGUUGGUGGUCGUGUCGCUGCUGCUGAGUCUGAUGGUUUGGCUGCUGGCUGAGGCUCCUCUAGUCAACAUCACGAACCCAUACCUCAACACUAAAGGCUCUGUCAAGGAGAAAAUUGAAAUAUCCAGGAACGGUGCUCAUCAAAACGACACAAGUAAACAAAAAAGCUUGUGAUUGAUUCAGCUUCAUUGCUCUAUUCUUUUUAUUAGUGUCAGUUUUCUUUUCGUCCUUUU